UAUCUACUAAGUCUAACUUCCCCAAAUACUUCUCAAUCCAUAAACCAAUCCCCCCACAAACCCAAACCCCUCCCAAAAACCCCAUAUCGGGAAAACAACCAACCCAAGAAUGCCCCGCUCCGAGGAAGCCGAGUUCUGGAUCAACGCGGUGUACGCCGCCGUGCAGGAGGUGCCGGUUGGAAAGGUGACUACAUACGGCCAGAUCGCGCUCCUGUUAGGUCAACCCCAACGGCCCCGCCAAGUCGGAGUCAGCCUGAAGCAUCUCCCCUCAGACCCGACGCAAUACUAUAACUCGAGCAAUGUGCCGUGGCAACGGGUUAUUAAUUCUAAAGGGAUGAUAUCGCAUCGAGAACCAGGGAGCGCAGAACGUCAAGCGGAGGUAUUACGAGGGGAAGGCGUGGAGGUGCUGAUGGACAGUAUGGGGGAGUUUUAUAUCAAUCUGGAUCGGUACGGGUGGUUUCCUGCGCAGCUGCCGAGCGAGGAGUUGGAUGACGAGAGCGAAUGAACACAACAGCACAUAGUAAGCAUUCCGACAGAUUCAGUUACAGAUACAGAUACAUGGACCAGGAAGCAUGUGCAUUCAAAUCAUAUUUACAGAUU